GGCACUCAGUUUCGAACGCAGUCUUGCUCUUCUUUCGCAAACAACUCGGGACUUUUCGGCCCUGCUCUUGACGAAGCUUGUAGUGAUAUCCGCAACAGUAUAAAACACCAGAGGUUGAGGAAAAAGAAGAAGAAGAAGAAGAAGAGAUGUUUAGUUGGAUUGCAGCUGCAAUAGGAUUUGGACCAGGUAUUGCGUUUGGAUUGACGAUUGGAUACAUAUUAGUUUCCCACAAACCAGAGUGGUUCAGAAAUCCGUUUGGCCGAAACAAACGCAGAAGCACCACAACACGUUAGAGAGCCUUCUUUACCCCCAAGUUGAAAAUUUUUUUAUAAAAAAAAAUGUAUAAUGAAGCAAGCAAACCAAAUGGACUGUCAAGAAGAAGCUUUGGAGAGGGAAACUCAUCUAUGUCCUAACGUGUGUUUUAGUGUGUUCUUGUUUUAGCCAAUGUUUGUGGUUUCUCUGCAACUGAGCAUUGAGCAACUCUGUUUUUAGUGGACAUUAAUCUACAAAGGACCAAAAAAAAAUCUAUAACCACCAAAACUAAUCUCUUAUGGGACAAAUGAGUGUAAAUUAUGAUUGUGCCCUUAAUGAAAGCUUAAUAUCAACCAUUAAAUCUGAUUUUUCACGUUAUAAUAUGAGCCGUCCGAUCUUUAAGGAUGAAAUAUUUACAAUAAGGCCAUUAAUGAAGCUUGUCUCUCAGCCGACGGAUCUUAUGAGUGUGUUUUAAUCUUGGCCAUCAGAUUUCGCUUGGGUCCCAUAGAAAAUUUAAUCACUCUUCUUCUUCAUUUAUUCCUCAACCAUACCCAACCACUACGGAAAUUCAUUCACUUCACCAACCAAACCUCUCUUCUUCAACUCUUCACCCACAAACUUUUACCUCUGUUUCAUAGGGUCUUUCUACAGACGUCGUGAAACAUCCCAUUUGCGUGGUCCUUGGUUCUGAAAUCGAUUUGUAAGUGUAAACUCUCUUCUUCUCUCUCUUUUGUCUUUCUCUCUUAUGUUUUUAUUGUUCUUUGUUUCGGUUAAGUCAUAUAAAAUACAUGUUAACCGUAUUAGUCAGAUUAUAAGGUUUGAUAUAAUGUUGUUAGAGUAUGAAACAUGAAAUUGUAGAAGAAAUUGUUUUUGUCUAUGGUACAACCGGUACAACUUGUAACACAAAAUUCUUUAACAAUUGGUUUCACUGGUACAACUGAUGUAGUAUUACUGACAUUUUUACAGAAAACGUAUCAUUAGUAAAUCUGGUACAACUCGGUGUAACACAUUGAAUAGGUGGUAUUGAUACAACUCGUAUAACUUAUAAUAGUCAUGUGCAAAGUGAACGUCGUAUAACCGGUAUUACUAGUAUAACUAAUAACUACUGUGAUAUGUAAACCCGUCAAAGUGAUAAUAUUAGUAUAACCGAUAUUUUUAACAACUGUAAAACUCAUAUAACUUGUACAACUACUCAAUGAUAUUGUUGUUUUUUACUCAUUUCAGGAACUAUGGAUAGUAAAGGAUCUGUGGUGAUACAUUUUGAACAUGGUGUAGACCGACAGAUUUCUACUUUGGUGAUGAAAGGAAGAUAUGAGGAGAUUACUUAUUCUCAUUUGGUUGAUAGAAUAGGCAAAAAACUGAAGAUUGAUGUAGCUGCGACCAAGUUUCAACUGAGUUACUUUCCGCUGGUCUUGAAUAAUAAAAAUUCUUGUUAUAUCUUGGAUGAUGAAGAUGUUUUAGGAUAUUUGUUGAUGGUAGAUAAGAAAAACCGACGUUGUGUCUUGCAUGUGGAACUUACCAAAAUCGUCUCCGAAAAUCAGAGUAACGAGAUGUUUUCUAUGAAUGAGGAAAAUCUGAGUGAUGCCAGAGCUAAUGAUGGCAUGGUUGGAGUUGGAGAAUUGGAAAUUGUUCCUCAUAUUCAGGAGGAUGAGUUUGAGCAUGAGAAAAUCAAUGAAGAGGGUGAUGAAAUGGAUGAUAGGGAGGAGUUGCCGGCUGUUACAGCAGUUGAACCUCCUGUUGUCAAUUCAGAGUGGGAUGAUGGCAUUGAUAUGAGUUUUCAUCAAGAAUUUGCGACUAGAGAAGAAGUGAGGGAUUCAGUGGACAAAGGUGUGCAUUCCAAUAGUUUUGAGGUUGAUAUAGUGAAGUCGAAUCCUCGGGUUUACAUAUUGAAAUGUCGUGGGGCUGGAUGCAUAUGGUAUUUACGACCUGGAAAGCUGAAGAACUCUGCUUUUUUCUCUAUCAGAACUUAUAGAAAGAUGCAUGCGUGCUCUCGUGGAGAUGUAAGUGUCAUGAAGAAGAAGAAAAGAGGCACACCAAGCUUGGUCGCAUCAGUGGUCGCAUCCCGGCAAAUACAAGACUCUGGAUCCAAAGACUCUCAUAGAUUUGGUGAAGAACAGACUGGGUGUUACGGUUUCAUAUUCUACGGUUUUGAGAGGGAAAAUAAAGCUUUGAGUGAUUUGCGUGGUAACCCGGAGGAGAGUUUUGCUAGGCUGCCAUCUUACUUGUACAUGUUACAAAGGAUGAAUCCUGAUACCAUUACACGAUUAGAAGUGGAUGAGAAGAACCAGUUUAAGUAUAUGUUCUUUGCGCUCGGAGCUUGCAUCGAAGGGUUCAAGGCGAUGAGGCAAGUGAUAAUAAUGGAUGGAACUCACCUGAAGGGUGUGUACAAAGGAGUGCUUCUCAUUGCCACUGCUCAGGAUCCAGAUCAUCAUCAUUAUCCCCUUGCUUUUGCGGUAGUAGAUGGUGAGAAAAAUGCAAGCUGAGAGUGGUUUUUGACUAUAUUAAAAACUUUGAUACCAGAUGAUCCUCAGCUUGUAUUUUGUACUAAUAGAAACCAAAGCAUCAUCAAGAAAGUACACGAGGUAUACCCAUUUGCGAUCCAUGGAUAUUACAAUUAUCACUUGUCUAAUAAUGUAAGCGGAGCUUGCAGCAAUGUUAACAAGAAAGGGGUUGCCAAAAAAUUUAGAAAUAUUGCUGGUAUUUACAGUGAGGUGGAGUUCAGAAAAUGCUACAACGAUUUCAGGAAAAUGUAUCCUCAAGCGGCCGAGUAUCUAGAUGACAGUGUUCAUGAGACAAAAUGGGCAAGAUGUAAAUUUCCGGGAGAAAGGUACAACAUAGACACAACCAACACUGUUGAAUCUAUCAAUGGUGUUUUGAAGGAACCACGGAAAUAUGUGUUGUUGCCAAUGCUUGAUGUGAUCGUGGAAAAAAUAACAGAAUGGUUCAACAAAAACCGUAUAUUAUCUCUACACGUACCAGAGAGACAGAUACUAAUCCCACAUGUGCAUGGGAUAUUGCAUCACAUAUAUCCUACGGCUAAAAAGCUCAAGGUGACCGAGCUAAAUACAUUUGAAGGUCACUACAAUGUGCUUGGCGAGGAUGGUCAUGGUUAUUUGGUUGAUUUGAGCAACAUAACAUGCUAUUGUAGGUAUUUUGAUAUUGAUCGGUAUCCUUGUGUGCAUGCACUUGCUACCAUCAUGGCGUGUGGAGAAAUGGCUGAACAUUAUUGUUCUAGGUAUUACUGGAUGGAGCAGUGGACUUUGGAAUAUUACAGGACAAUAUAUCAAGUGUCUCAUCAUUCAACAUGGGAAAGUUCUAAAAUUCCUGAGGAAAUCCGAUCUCAGGUUGUCUUCCCUCCGUAUGUGGAGAAAAAAAAAAGAAGACUAUAAGUUACUAGAUUCACGUCUGCCGGAAAAUAUCUGAAGAAGAGAAAGAAGAAGUUUCCACCAUUGAUUGAAAAAAGUGGCAGUGAUGGCAGUGGCAGUGAUAACAAUAGCAGUGGUAGCAGUGACAGCAGUGGUAGCGAGGGAAAUGGGGACGAGGGAGGUGACAACGAAGGAAGUGGUAAC